CGCUUCCUCACUUAUUGGCGUCUUUAUUACUCUCUUCGUUCCUUCUAUAUUUGGUUUCAUUCAUUCACUCAAGUUCGUAACUCACAUGCAGUUUAUUCUAGUAGUAUCUGGAUACAUAUUUGCUGGACUUGGUUGCUCAGAUCUAUGCAGGACUCCACCCAAAUGACGCAAGAACAUGAAUUAGAUACAGUGAAACACAAAUGUUCCUGUUGUAUUGAUGCAUUUUCCAAUGCGUACUUGGACAUUCGAGACCUGAAGAUCCAGAUUAGUCUCUCAACAAUAUCACAGCUUUGGAAAUAUUCAAGUCCGAUCUCAUUCUACUACUAUACUACUGUUCAUACUGCAUUCAUCCGAACUAUUCAUUAUAUUGGACUCUAUGAUUCCAAAUCUUCUUUCUCGUCUCCUCUUCAACCAUGACUGAACAUCAGCUGGUGUAUUCACUAUUCAACUGUCAGACUUACAAAUAUCUUGUCCCCCUUGCCAACUCACCACCCAAAAUCCCCUUUCUUCUUUCCACAACACUUCACAAUGGAAACCUCUAUCAUCCAACCACCUCUUCCCAAACUCCUCUCCUCAUCCGAAUCCGAAAAGCUCCGCCUCCGCACCAUCGCGUCCCGAAAACGCAAAUCCAAAUUCAACUCCACCAAAUGCCUCCCCGCGAAAAGACCAAACACAUCUCCGCCUCCCCGCCGUCCCUGGAUAGCAUCCACCACCAUAACCCACCUCACCACUAUUGCCGUUGCCCAACACCUCGCCCCACCAUCACUCUCUCUGCCGGAAGAAAUUCAAUACCAACUUCAAGAAGAAUGGGAGCACAUCGUCCACGACAGCUUCGAGCGGUUCCGAAAAGAAAUGCAGUGUAGUGAAUGUGGACAUGUGAUGGAGUGGUGUGGAGAUGAGGGCGUCAAAUGGUUCUUGGACGGGUUGAGAGAUGAGAUGGAUGGGUGGUGUGCUUGGGAGGUGGAUGAGACGUGUACGGAGAGGUGGGAUGCGGGGUUUGAAAAGAUGGUGCCGUUGCUGAGCGGGAGGAAGAUGGGUGGGUGUUGGGCGUUGGAGCAGGAAAGACAAGGACAGGAUGUGGAGGAUGAAAUGGAGAAUGUGGGGGUUGACAGUGUUGCUGGUGUGCAUACGGAUUUGAGUGUGGAGUAUGAGGUCAAAGUGUGCAAGAUUGAGGGCUUGGAAGCUUUGAGGUUGCUAGGUGGAGAAGGGUUCACGGUUGAUGGGUUUAUUCGUCUUGGAUCGCCACUUUGGGGAUCUGUUGUUGAUGAAUCUAUGGAUGGAAGCAAUGGAGGAGAGGAUAUCAUAAGUGACGGUGUGGAUCAGAACUCUGUCAGCGGAGAGUCUGAAGGCAGUAUUAGCCCUACUCAGGUCAUUACGGGCGAUGUUGAUAUCACGACUUGUGAAAACGUUCAAGAUAUUCCAGCAUAUCCUUCAUCUAGGAGCCUCGAAGUCAAGGAGACUACUGCCCACAGGGACGGACGGCCCGGUCAGUUUAUCAUCGACAUGCUUGAUGCAUUUUCUGAGGACUCAAGUGAGAAUGAAAGUAUAAGCAACAUCAAUGAAGCUGAGGAUGAUUUCGAAGCAUUGGUCAAGGCGAACUCGGAUGAAGCCUCCCAAAUGGAUGCCAGCCUUGACUGGAACUCGCUUUUGGAAGGAAGAGAGGAACUCUGGCCAAGCGGUGAAAUGGAGAUCGACCAGUCCACCGAAUCAGUUGCAUCCCGUCAAAAGAUCUCUGAAAGAGACUGCGCCUCUGGAGGUGGAGAUAAUAGUGAGAACAGUGGAGACGAUAUCACCGACAGCAAAGGCCUAUGUGCUACAGGGGAACAGAUUGACAUCGCGAGAUGCAAUUUCGAAGAUCAUCAGAGAUUCUCUUUGAUUGAUGCCAUGGAAACUGACGAAUCUUCGGACAGGGCUUUGGGGAAUGGUCAAGAUAACGAGGGAUACCUCAUUUCUGAAGAAUCUGGUGAUUAUCAAUCCGAAGAUGUAGAAAAAGUCUGCGAAGAUGUUGUUCCAGAAUCAAGGGCUGGAGGAAGUAAGGUUGAUAAUGGAAGGGUGCACUAUUUCGAGGAUUCUGUAGAUGUUGAGAUUCGUCAUGGAUAUGAAUUCCCUGAAUCCAGUGAUGGAGAUGCAGAUGAUGAAGAGAGCGAUGAGCUAUUCGAUGAAUCUGAUUCCGAGCUCGACAGCUAUACGGACCAAGACACGCGAAACAACAAACCAGGGCAAGUCAUUCAAGGAAGCAGUGAAGAAGAUGUCGCCUCCCAGAGUUACAAAGGCGGUCUAGAAGGGAGCCCUUGCCAGGUCUCGAUAUCUGCUGGGUCAGAUUCAGAGCUUGAGGCUAUCGACAAUGAUCCUUCAGAGUACGAGUAUGAUGUCGAACAGGCUGCCCCAGUUGGAUAUGGAGCGCAGUUCCAAGGAGUUCGGGAGUAUCAAGGUGAUGAGAGUGAGGAGAGUGAAGAAGAAUGAACAUGUGGAGAUGAUGAGGGUGAAUGCGCUGAUUUUGUGGGGGAAUCGUUGAUGGUAGGAUUAUAAUGGCGGACUACUAUUAUGCGUUGAAUUUAAAGCCUUGGAUUUAUAGCAUUUAUUCUCCGCAAAUUUGCACAGCGUUUGGGUAACUUAUCAUAAAUCCGUGCAAGUGGAA